CGAAUUAGUGUUUUGACAGGUGAUCGCAAACGGAAGCGGAAAUUUCCGCUUGGCUAUGGAAAAGCCUCUCAUCUUCUCUCCCGUCCAUUCUCCCCAAAGGCUGUAAGUCACCAUAGGGAGAGAGGCACAUGGACUGAAGUGCCUGUCUGCCACUGGGAAAUUCUGCCAUUCCUACAUCCUUUAUUUAGCAGGGAAAAGUGCCGGACAAAACCACCAUCAUGACUCAUUCAAUGCUUCGGCGGCAACUGAAGAACCUUGUUCAGAACUUCUCUGAAGCAGAAGUCAAGGUUCGAGAAGCGACCUCUAAUGAUCCCUGGGGGCCUUCUAGCUCCCAAAUGGCCGACAUCUCAGAUUUGACCUACAAUGUGGUGGCAUGUAACGAGAUUUUAGCCAUGCUCUGGAAGCGCCUCAACGAUGACAAAAAUUGGAGGCAUGUGCACAAGGCUUUAACUCUUCUUGAAUAUCUGUUGAAAACGGGCUCUGACCGCAUCCCCCUCCAGUGUGUGGAGAACAUACACGUUAUCAAAGCACUAACAGAAUACCGCUUCACUGACAAGGAUGGAAAGGACCAGGGGGUGAAUGUGAGAGAAAAGGCGAAGAUAGUGCUCAUACUGAUCGAAGAUGAGGACAAGCGGAAAGAAGAGAGAGAUUUCGCGUUGAAGACGAAAGAUAAGCUGACAAAGGCUCCCAGUGCGUCCUCCACUACAGGUCCAGAGAAGGAAAAGCCAGAGAUUCUACCGUAUACAGGGCUGCCUUCCCUGGACAACAUCCCUUCAGUGGCUGACCUAACCGCCGCUAUGGCCAAGAAGAAGGAGGAGCAGAAACGUCUGGAGGCCGAGAGGAAGGAGGCAGAGAGACGGGCAAAGGAGGGUGACACAGAGCCAGAUCUUUGGGAACAAGCAUCAAUAGUAGCACCUCCAUCCAACUCAGAUCCCUGGGGAGCCCCAUCUGUUGCAUCUAAUGAAUCUGCACCUGCUAGUAAUGACCCAUGGGGUGGAUCUGCUGAUGGGGAAAGUGACUCUCCACCUGCUUCUGGGGAUCCAUGGGGAGGAUCUGCUAAUGCUGAGAAAGCUUCUUCACCUGACUCCAAUGAUCCUUGGGGUGGAUCUACUAACACAGAGAAAUAUUCUCAACCUGCCGCCAAUGAUCCAUGGGGCGACUCUUCAGGAAUAUCAGAAAGUCUGUGGGGGGCUCCAACAGAUGCGCAGAAAGACUCUGAGCCUGUAAAGUCUGAUCCCUGGGGGUCAUCGGCAGAUAAUGUACAGGAUUCAGCACCUGGAAAUUCUGACCUCUGGGGGGCGCCAUUGGAAGCACCAUCAUUCAAGCCUGACCCUUUCGCCAAUCCUUUUGGUGAUAGUUCAAAAGCAGAUAAUGACCCUUGGGGUACAGCAGAUUUGAAAGUAACUAGAUCGAACAGCAGGCCAGCUUCUUCUCCGCUCACCGUAAAUGAUCCCUGGGGUGCCUCAUCUGCUCCAACUAAUGCGAUGACAGCUGAUGACGCUUUUGGAGAUGGAGGAAGUUCAGAUCCAUGGGGAGCGACUCCUGAGAACAGCAACGGAACAGGUGACACUGCCACUAAACCUGUUGAUGAGACCAAAAAGCCAGCGUCCUUCCUUGGUGAAGGUGCUUCAUUGGUGGACUUUGACUCUCUUAUGUCUGUCAAGCCCAAACUUAAACAGCCCCCUCUCAACGCCAUCUCUGCCUCUACUCAAAAAGCCCAGGGCUGUUUGCACGCUACAGGCAUGACCAGGCCAUCGAGCAGCAACAUGUCCAAUGUGGCCAGUUCUACUACACUCCCGACAAAUCAAAAUGAUUUUGGUUUUAACUCUAUGAUGCCUGGUUCCAAUGCCCCCCUAAAUACGGCCCCCAGGGUACCUGUUUCCCACACGGUGUCUCCAACAUCUUUAACAAUGGCCAACAUUGGUUUUCCCAUGGUAAACUUGUACAAUGCACCAAAAAUUGUAAGGCCUAACACUGCAGAGACUUCUGUUGGUGACCUAUCGUCUAUGUCAUUCACCGGAGUGGUUACCCCACGAGCUGGAGUUCCACAGCAAUCUCCACUAGUUUGGGGUCCUGGAACUGGGACAUCUGGUAAGGGAAAUAACAUUUUUUAAGUCCUCCAAACAUCAUCCAUUCAUCGCUAACCUUCCCUUGUCCCCUCCCCCUUUAUUAAUCCCAAUUUAUUUUGUGUGUGUGUGUGUGUGUGUGUGUGUGUGUGUGUGUGUGUGUGUGUGUGUGUGUGUGUGUAUGUGUGUGUGUGUGUGUAUAAGUGUGAGCAACCCUUUAAAUAUCAAUGCCCAUUGAUAAACUGUACAGUUUUUUUCCAUUCUGGGAAGAAAAGCAUGCGUAUCCUGGCCUUUCCAACUAGAUGGACUGAGAGAAAGAAGCGGGUGUUUUAUUUAUUAGCUCUUUAUCCAGUAUGUUAUAGAAUCCAUCAAGGUCCUGUAUGUUGGAGUUUUUAAGAAAACUUAACCAAAAACCUGGGAUUUCUACUGAAAUUAUUUGCCAGCCAGUGAGCAGAUUUGUGAAAGUCUUGAAUAGCGUUCCUUGGAUUACUGAUAACAGCUGGAUAAACAUUAUCCAUAUAGCUAACCAAGUAAUCCACAUCUAAAGAUGGGAUCAGUGCUUAACAAACAAAUUACAUGAAGUAAAUCCUACUGUUGGGACCAGAAGUUUCUUCUCUUUUAAUAACCGCUGGGAUCAAGUUGCUUAGACACGAUGUCGGAUAGGCCACUCAAGACUCGCGCACACACAUUUGUACUAUCGGGGGAUAUGUGCAUCAUGUCAGAGCCUACUGUCUGUCAAACAUACUGUAAUAUUUCUACUCCUGUGAGAAUACUCUCUUAUUCCGUUGACACCCUUGAAAAGGUUUUUAACAAAAUGAGUCCAUUUAGUUUAAGAUUUUGUAGAAAAAAAUGAGUCUUAAACAUCUAAUUUAGUUUUACUUUUAUUAUUUUAACCUGGUUUUCAUCAUGAAAAUAGCCAUCGAAGAUGGCGUGGCAUUAAGAAACAAACAAACAAGCACAUUUAUGUAUUUAUUUGACGUUUUUGAGUGUGAUUUGGUUUGGAUUCGAUCAUUAUUGUAGUUGAUAUCCAAACAAAUCCAAAAGGCAACACUACAUUCACACUUAAGUGACAAUCAUGCACAAUGUUUUUGCUGCUUGUUUGGAAAUGUUGAUCUUUUAUUCAAUUUCAAGGUAUUUAAUGGUGAGUAAUAGCAUCAGAAGUUUGUGGUAAAUUGUAAAACCUCUAAAUUAAUAGAAUAAAAAUAUUCUUAUUUUCUCUGAGAUGAUGUACUGUAUCUUUUAUAUCACAUUUUGCUGUCUGAUAAUUGUUGCAAAUGUAUUUAUGUAUUUAUUAAUUUUCCCUAAUUGUAUUUAAUCUUUUUGAUUUUUCUUUAUAUUUAUUCUGUAUUUUAUUUGAAGGAAGAGAUUGAUGGAACAUGUGCAAAAGUAAAAAAGGAUAAUACUUCUAUUCUUUAUUUGGAUGAAACAUUCAACAUGUGUCUUCAUUCAUACGAUAUUGGUUUUAUUUUCAUUUUCGCUCUAUACAUUUGCUCUAUACAAAUGAAUAUAUAUAUUUAUUCUACAAGUUAUGGUAAAGCUGUGGUGUUACCUGUGAAAGUGACAAUUUAAGA